AUGCCAGCGACUCUAAUCGACGGUAAAACAAUUGCAAAGGAGAUUCGCGGCGAGAUCGCACAAGAGAUCAAGUCAAUUAGGGAGAAAAAUGCGUCUUUCAAGCCCACAUUGGCCAUCUUCCAGGUUGGAACAAGACCAGAUUCUACUACGUAUGUGAAAAUGAAGCGUAAGGCUGCAGAAGAGGCAGGAAUUGACGUUAUGUUUGUGCAUUUGGAAGAAGAUGUCUCUGAACACUCUUUACUUUCACAAAUCCAAGAGAUGAACCAUGACCCUGCCGUGCAUGGUGUAUUGGUCCAAUUGCCUGUGCCAGCUCACAUCAGCGAGGCCAAAGUGACAUCUGCCGUUGAAGCACGCAAGGAUGUGGAUGGUUUCGGUCCUUAUAAUAUCGGUGAGCUUAACAAGAGAAACGGUAAACCUUUUUUCCAUCCUUGCACGCCUCGCGGGAUCAUCGAGCUGCUGACCAGGUCGGGUGUUCAAAUUGCAGGGUCCAAGGCGGUGGUAAUUGGCAGAUCCGACAUUGUUGGAGCGCCAGUUGCAGAGCUUCUCAAGUCGCUCGACGCUACCGUGACGGUGCUGCACUCGAAAUCCAAGGAUAUCGCCUCGUAUGUCGCGGAGGCUGACAUCGUCGUUGUCGCGAUUGGUAAACCAGAGUUCGUCAAAGGUGAAUGGUUCAAGGACAACAGUAAUGCAGUGGUCAUUGACGUUGGUACUAAUUUUGUCGACGACUCGAGCAAGAAGAGCGGCUACCGUUGCGUUGGUGACGUGGAAUUCGACGCAGCACGUCAAUACGUCAAGCUCAUUACGCCAGUGCCCGGUGGAGUUGGCCCCAUGACUGUUGCGAUGCUUAUGUCAAACACUUUCAUCGCUGCCAAGCGUGCAUUGGAAGGCGGUGACAAGCCAGAGUUCGUUCCAUUGCCCUUGAACCUAACCAAGCCCGUGCCAUCUGAUUUCGAGAUCUCUAGAGCCCAGAAGCCCAAAGAAAUCACGCAAGUGGCAUACGAGGCGGGUAUUUUGCCCUCUGAACUAGAGCCAUAUGGCUCCACAAAGGCCAAAGUGAAGCUAGAUUUGCUAGAACGGUUAUCAUCCAGAGACAAUGGUAAAUACGUGUUGGUGGCGGGCAUCACACCAACUCCGCUUGGUGAGGGUAAAUCGACCACGACUGUGGGGUUGGCACAGGCGCUUGGUGCUCAUUUGAACAGAACGGUGUUUGCCAAUGUGCGUCAACCCUCAAUGGGACCAACUUUUGGUAUCAAAGGUGGUGCAGCCGGUGGUGGUUACUCGCAAGUGAUUCCUAUGGAUGAAUUCAACCUGCAUGUUACCGGUGAUAUUCAUGCUAUCUCGAUGGCCAAUAACUUGUUGGCAGCAGCCAUUGACACACGUAUGUUCCACGAGUCUACCCAAAAGGAUGCUGCGUUGUACAAGAGAUUGGUGCCAAGUAAGCGUGGUUCUAGAAACUUUACUCCAACGAUGAAGAGAAGAUUAAAGAAACUGGGAAUCGACAAGGAGGAUCCAAACGACUUGACUCCUGAGGAAAUUACAGCAUUUGCCCGUUUGGACAUUGACCCAGACACUAUCACAUGGAGAAGAGUCGUGGAUUGUAACGACAGAUUUUUGAGAGGUAUUACUAUUGGUGAAGCUCCAACGGAACGUGGGUUCACCAGACACACAGGGUUCGACAUUUCUGUCGCGUCCGAAUGUAUGGCGGUGCUAGCAUUGGCCAAUUCCUUAUCUGACAUGAGAGAGAGAUUGGGUAGAAUUGUCAUUGGUGCCUCCAAGGCGGGUGUUCCAAUUACCUGUGAGGACAUUGGAUGUGCAGGUGCGAUGACCGCAUUGCUAAAAGAUGCUAUCAAGCCCAACAUUAUGCAAACUUUGGAAGGUACGCCGGUGUUUGUGCAUGCGGGUCCAUUUGCCAACAUUUCGAUCGGUGCCAAUUCCGUGUUGGCCGAUAAGAUGGCAUUGAAACUAGCAGGUGUGGACGCAAGUUUGUCGGAAGAAGAGAAACGUGACAACCAAGGUUACGUUGUGACCGAGGCGGGUUUCGAUUUUACCAUGGGUGGUGAGCGUUUCCUAAACAUCAAGUGUCGGUCUUCGGGUCUUGUUCCUGACGUAGUGGUGAUUGUCGCGACGGUGCGUGCGUUGAAGGUGCACGGUGGCGGGCCCGAGGUGAAGGCCGGAGCUCCAUUGCCAGCUGCAUACUUGAACGAGGACGUGGAUUUGUUGAGAAAGGGCUGUGCGAACUUGGCCAAGCACAUUGCAAACGCGAAGGCCUACAACUUGCCCGUGGUGGUGGCCAUCAACAAGAUGUCUUCUGACACGGAGCGCGAGCACGCGGUGAUCAGAGAAGAGUCGAUCAAAGCGGGCGCGGUGGACGCGAUUGUGUCGAACCACUGGGAAGAAGGUGGCAAGGGCGCGGUGGCGCUUGCCGAAGGAGUGAUCAAGGCAUGUGAGCUUCCAAAGCAAGAGUUUAAGUUUUUGUACGAGACAGAGGGCUUGUCGGUCGAGGACAAGAUUGGCGCGAUUGCAAAGGAGAUGUACGGAGCGGGCGAGGUGGAGUUUUUGCCCGAGGCACAGAAGAAGAUCGAGCUGUACACGAAGCAAGGGUUCGGCAACCUGCCCAUCUGCAUUGCCAAGACGCAGUACUCGCUGUCGCACGACGCCAACCUCAAGGGUGUGCCCACGGGGUUCAAGUUCCCAAUCCGGGACGUGCGUGCGUCGAUCGGGGCCGGGUACUUGUACGCGCUGGCGGCGGAGAUCCAGACGAUUCCCGGUCUGCCCACGCACUGUGGGUUCAUGAACAUCGAGGUGAACGACGAGGGCGAGAUCGAGGGCAUGUUCUAG